CUUCGCUCUCUUCCUUCUUGUCGUUUUCCUUCUCGUUUUCCUUCUCUAAUCCAAUUCCACAGAACAGCUUACGUUCCCAAUGGGCCUCAUCAAGCGACUCCUGAAGCUCUCCACCUACGGAGGUCUCGCCUCGGCGGGCGCCUUCUUCUACACCAUGCGCAAUGACGUCUUCGUGCCCAUGCCGCUUACGGAUCCCAUCUUCCAAUCCGCCGCCUAUCGCAAGUUCAAUCCCGAACAAAACCCAACCACCCACGACCUCUGCGUGCGCAAAGUACCUCUAUCCGACAUUAACCCGACCUUGUUAGAGAAAAAGGGCAAGCUGGCUGAAGCCUUCUGUGCUGGAGUCUGGAGCGGCUGGGGAUAUGCCUUCCAACGCGCCUACCUCGCCCGGAAAUACCAAGGUCCCGAGACCGCGAACCACCUCUGGGAACGGUCGGAAUUAAAGGCCUCCAACUACGAUGUCGGCACUCUGAUCACCGACCACUUCGAGGUUGUUGAGAAAACCCCCGAGCGGAUUGUGGUCCGCUGCGGUGAUAGCCCCCGCAAACAGGACGUCCGUGAAUCGGACGGUCUCUUCGAAAUGUCGGCCGUCGUUAAGCCCGAAGAAGGAGUUGCGGAGUUUGCUCUCAAGAGCUGUUUCUACCAAGGAAAAGGCAAGGCCGAGAGCCAGCCCAUGCCGCCACAUAUUCUCUGGCUGCACAAGCAGUAUACGAAGUUGUGGGCUGAGACGGCUAUCCGCAAUGUUCUCCGUCAGUAAUGAUCUCCGAUCGGAAGAGCGUGUUUGUGUGUGACCAUUGUUGAGCCGCCACUUUGUACAUAAUACCCGAUUGCGUAAAUGGAAAGCGAAUAAUACCUGCCUCUUGAGGAGGCGUUUUUUUUGCAUGGUUUCAGAAGCUAAAGAACAGGGCCCUGGGCCGAUUACUUUCUACUUUCUCUAAUGCUACAUAUUAGUUAUGAGCGAAUCUGGAACCGCACGGCCUCCCUAAGUCUGUCCGGCUUCUAGGGAAAGACAGCCACGCGGUGUAUGUCCUACACAUCUG